UUAAGUUAAGGAGGUUAAAAUGGGCUGGACAUGUGGCUUGGAUGGGGUGACAUGUUGGAAUAUAAGUUUUCUCAAUGUCAGUUUAGCAAAAGAAAAGAUUCUGGGAAGUCCUUAUGAUCCUUUCUUACCUUCAAAUACCUCCACAUCUGUAGACAAGCAUAAGCUUAGUUUAGCCCUAAAUCAUGUUUAUACAGUUUAUGUAUUUAGUGCAUACUUGUUUUACUGGGAACCAUUCCAUAAUUUGUCUGAACGUAUUGUGUGAAGCAGCUGAAUGAUAGAGUUGGAAGUGAUUAGGUUGUGAAUUUUAUGCUCAUCCCAAGACUGGAAAACUAAGCCAGAACCCCUUUUGCUCAUACCCUGGAGUUCCCAUUUCUUUUUAUUAUAGAUAUAUGUCUGUAACACAUAACCUCAGCAUUUUACAGUGUCUUCAUGUUCUUCAUGCAUAAUAUUUGUAGCUAUAUCUGUAUGCUCCUCCAUAUGAUAUUUUACAUGACUAGUUAAUCUGUUGUUUCUCUUAAAUGAAAUAGUAAAUAUGAAUUAAAGUGGAGUCAUUUAAGUAAAGUAAGUAACUUAGUUGUUUGAAAAUUAAUGUAGAUAAUUCUUGUUUCCUGAACCAUUGAUCUUACUUGAAGUCCCUGGUAGUAAUUUUUGAAUUCAUUACCCUAGCCAGGACUGUUCUGAGUAUAUUGCAGUGUGUUUGCUCAUAUGUAAAUGCUUCUGUUAUCAUUCUUAUCUUUUUUUGUUAGCAUACAGGUACUGUGCACAUGACAUGUUGACAUUCUAAACUAUGAAGCAUAGAUAUAAUGGGAACUAUGAAUCACAGCAUGCUCAGGCAUUUCUUUUUAUGAAGUGUUACAAGAGUAUUUUUUAUCAAUAUCCGUGUUUUAUUGUCAGUUUUGUUCAUAGUAGCUGACUAACUCCAUGCAGCAGAGUUCUUGAAAGACUGAUAGUUGCUCAGGUAUUCAUUCAUAUGUUCUGCCUUUUAUGGGACAUGGAAGUUUCAUUACUGUGCUCUAUCCUGAGCCAAAUGAAUUUAGUCCACUCUCUCCCCCUCCUGUUUUGAAGAGCCAUUUUAAUAUUAUCCUUCCAUAUAGGUUUACGUCUUCCAAGUAGUAUCUUCCCUAAUGGUCUUCUGACCAACAUUUUGUGUGCAGUCUUGUCUGUACGUGCUGUAUGCCUCACCCUUCUUAUUCUCCCUGAUUUGAUCAUUCUAACAAUAUCUGAUGAAAAGUGCAAAUUAUUAAUUUUCUCAGUAUGCAAAUUUACCCAGGGUUCUGAUACUUCAUUCCUAUUAGGUUUACGUAUUCUUGGCACCCUUGAUCUGUGUUUGUCUUUAGGGUUAGAGACCACUUUUCACACACAUAUGAAAACAGGUGAAAUUGUGGUUUUGUGUAAUUUAUGUUUGAAAAAGGAGGUUUGCUGACAAAAUAUUUUGAACCGAAGGAUGGCAAGCAUUCUCUGAAUUUAAUUUGCUCCAUUUUGUUUAUGGUUGUGUUUAACUUUUCUCCUAACUGUGCUAAAAUUUCUCUUCAAGACCAGUGUAUGAUCAGCUUUUGGAAUUUAAGAGUCUCAGUAUGUUACAUGGUAGUUGUAAGCACAUUUGUCUGCAAGAGCUAUGUAGAAUAUUAAACUAAACUAGAAGGAACAGAGAUGUGUUUGGUGUAGAGUAAUAUUAUGUGCAAUUUAAUUACCAAGUAACUAAAUUCAUUGCACUGACUGAAUGAAGUAAAUGUAUAAUAGGAAGAUCAUGCCUGCCCAUCAAUAUUUCUUUGUCUUUAAAACUGUUACACUUAUUUUGACAAAACUUGGUGCUGGAAGUUUACACUGAAAGUUGCCAUGUAGGUUAUUAUUGGUCCAUUAUAACCUUUGCUUUAAAUGAGACUUAACUAAAUUGAAUCACUAUAUGAAUCCCUAUAAUGUAAUAUAUCUACUUUUAAUUAGCCAUGUCAUCAACAGGUUUGUAUUAUCAGGAAAUGAAAAUUACUGAGGGGUUCAAAAUCUCAAAGAUCAUAUUGGAAAAUGGAUGAGUAGGGUAACAGUACUGAAUAAAGAGCAGAAAUUGUGAAGCUUUUUGUCUUGUAAUUUUCUGCCUUUACCCAUUUCUUCAUCUGACUUAGGUUCACAUAUUCUGAUAAGCAAUCUGUCCAUUUGUGAAUAUGAGAGACCAUGUUUUUACAUCUGAAUGGAACAAGAAAUGUUUACACUUUUAUGUUUUUUUUAACCUUUUGAGGGGUUUUAUAAUAAAAUUUCUGAUCGGUACAGAGUGUGACAUGUCAUGGGGAACACAUUGAAAUCUGUGUUGGGUUCAAGGGAUUGAUGGUCUGUACUUUGGACUUUGUGCAUCCCAAGAGAGAAGGAACUCCUAAUGAAUGUAUACUCCUUACAAGAGAGGAGUAAAAUGUGGGAAUUUGAAAUUGUAUGUAAGGGAAUUAACAUGCUUUUGAUAGAUACUGUAUGUAGGAUUACUGAAGAAUUAUUGUGCAAUGUGAUAAGCAGUCAACAAGAGACACUCAUGUCCAGAAUUACAAAGGAUGGAACACAGCUGUCCAGUAGAAAUGUCUGAGUCCGUUACAAGAUUUGUUGAGAUGUCACCCCUCCUUGGAAACCAAGAGUAUAAUUUGACUCUGUCUUGGCAGAAUGUCGCUGUUAAGGUUAAAAGAACGAAUGUUGUUCAUGAUUCAACUAGAACAUGGUUGAGAAAGUUUGUCAGUUGGAAGAAGGCAGAAGAGGUGACCAUUCUGGACAAUGUGAGUGGAAAAGUUCAAAGUGGAAGUCUGGUUGCAGUUAUGGGAUCCAGUGGAUGUGGUAAAACCUCACUUUUGGCUGCAGUGAGCGGUAGAAUUAAAGGUACUGUGACUGGGGAAGUGCUGCUUUGUGGCCAUCCAGUAGAUGGCGCUCUGCUCACGAGGAUAUCUGGAUUUGUUCCCCAAAAGGGCAUCAUAUUUGAAACCCUCACAGCUAAAGAGCAUUUGCAGUUCAUGUCAUGGAUGCGCCUGGAUAGAGGGCUGCGUAGUGACAUACGCAGUAAAUGGAUUCAGGAUCUGUUACUUGAUCUGAACCUGUCUGGAUGUGAAGAUACUCCCAUUUCAGCUUUGUCCGGAGGAGAGCGUAAGCGGUUGUCUCUGGCUGUGGAGCUGUUGAUAGAUCCACCACUUCUUUUCUGCGAUGAACCCACGACUGGGCUCGACAGCUAUAAUGCAUCCACUGUAGUGGAGAAACUGAAUCACCUAGCUUCAAGGGGCAAGGCUGUUCUCUGCUCUAUCCAUCAGCCAACAUCUGACAUCCUCAGCUGUUUCCACAAGAUGAUCCUGUUAUCUGCAGGGCGCGUGGCUUUUCAGGGCACACUCGAGCAUGCUUACACAUUCUUUUCAAACCAAGGAUUUGUGUGUCCACCAUCUUACAAUCCAGCAGAAUUUUUCAUCCAGAAACUGUCUGUCAUCCCGGGAGAGGAGGAGGAUAGUUCUCAAAGGAUGAAUCAAAUAUGUGAGGCUUUCAGCACAUUAGAACAGGACCGGAGUUUACAGCUUUCUGUGCCUCACAUCCAAGUGGCUCGCAACUGUAUCACUGGGCUAUCACGUGAUUUUCAGAAGUAUGUAACAAUUCGUAAACCUUACUGGCACACACAAGUAUACUGGCUUACGUGGCGUUCCGUUGUGGAUUCCAGUCACAAUAAAUGUAGCCAUAUUGUUCAAAUUGCAGUAUUUCUGGUGACAUCACUGAUGCUUUCAUUGUGUUUUAUGAACACAGAAGCUGGAACUCAAAGUUGGAUUCAGGAUAUUCGUGGACUUUUGUACCUCAUAACAAGUGAAGUGUUCUUCACUAGUGCUUACUCUGUUUUCAAUACAUUCCCUCAGGAAAUACCUAUAUUUCUCAGGGAAUCAGAAUUGUAUUCAGCCUCUGCAUAUUAUUUUUCAAAGAUGAUAACACUGAUACCAAGGGCAGUUAUUGAACCUAUAUUAUAUCUUGUUAUUAUCUUUGGAGUGGUUGACUUUUCCAGAGGGGAUUUAAAUAUGUUUUUUUUAAUGGCUGUACCAGUAGUUAUUGUUUCCAACUCUGCCACAGCUUAUGGUUGCAUGCUGUCAGCAGUAUUUGAGUCUCCUGCCAUGGCAUCAGUGGCUGCAGUUCCAAUUGAUUUAAUUUCAUUUAUAAUGGCUGGAAUAUUUUACAAUGUCAGGGCUUUACCUGCUUCAAUCACUUGGAUGAAAUAUCUGUCUCAGUUUUAUUAUUCCAAUGAGGCAUUGGCAGUUGUACACUGGCAGGAAGUUGAUUAUAUCAUGUGUCGAAACAACACGAACUUGCCAUGUCUUGAAAAUGGUCAGCAAGUGUUGGAUGAAUAUGGAUUUAAUACUGAGAACUUGUUCAGAGACCUUGUGGUACUUGCUGUUUUCUAUAUUGUACUACAUUUUAUUGGUUUCCUUGGUGUCUGGAGGCGGAGCAAGAGAAAAGCGGCCUACUAGUCUAAAGAAAAGGUCUCUUUUUGGUAAAUGGUACAGUCUGUUGUUAUGCUGAUGAUUGUUAAAAUAAAUUGUUGCUGAGUUCCCAUUUCAUACAAAAAUAUAUGUAUAAAAUGGUCCUUGCUUUUCUGCUUUUAUGUACGACCCAACAUCAAAUUGUUUAGCACUUUAAA